CUCCAACACCAUUAUCUCAAAAUUCAGCUACAGAUCAAAUUCUGAUACAAAACUAUAUUCCAGUAGAUGAUUUAAUCCAAUUAGAUAAUACACCCUCAUUACCUAUUCAAAAUAUAUCUUCAGAUCUACCCCAAAAUGAUACUGAAUGGUUUGAUAAUAUGGAAGAUAGAUAUAAUACAAGCACUGAUGAAAAAUGGCCUGAAUUAGCUGGAUCCUUGCUCUAUGACUAUCCAAAAAGAAAUAUCAUAACUGUAGAAGGCAAUUUUGGUGGUAAUCCAGCCCCAUUAGAACUUAACAACGAUGAGUUUAUGGCAAGCAAUUAUUCUAUCUCCUAA